AUGGAGUCGAAUAGUAAUAACAGUGUUGGUGAUACAUCGCAUCGUACAUCAGUUGAUGAGAAAUUGUUGUGGAAAAUUCGUGAGGUGUGUAGUCGUGGUGGAGACGGCGUCAAGAAAACGGCUGUACGAAUGGAGAUAGCCGAACUGAUCGGUUGGUUUCUUCUUCUCAAUCGCAUUCAUUCCUCAUUCUGA